GCUCUUUCGCCGUUUCUUUUUCAGGCAUGGUGGCAGAAGAGUACAAUGCCUAUUUCUACUCCUUGGUAUCGCAAGACACUCAGGAGAUGGCCUACUCUACAAAGAGGCAGCGCUUUCUGGUAGACCAGGGAUAUAGUUUCAAGGUGAUCACACGUCUGGCCGGGAUGGAGGAGGAGGACUUGAUGUUCUCUGCCCGGGAAGAACAGCAUCAGCUUCUGCAGAAGGUCUUGGCUGCUUCUGACCUGGACGCUGAGGAGGAGGUGGUGCAGGGAGAGAUGGGUGGCCGAAUUCAGGUACGUGUAGCAGGCCAUCUUUAGAAAAAGGUGACCUGUGUGCAGGAGAUUCCUUUAAAAUUUCCUUUGAUGGUUUUUCCCCCAAAUAUUGCCUUAAGACUAGAAUGUUUAAUUCUAAGGCCUAAAGGAUUAGAGCAGGUCAUUAACAGUUCCAUUUUUAAGAGAUGAUAUUGCCGUUGGGUGGCGCAGUGUUCAACACUGCUGCCUGGUAGCACUGGGGCUGUGGGUUCUGUUCCGAACCAUUUCUGCCCCUUCAUGGUCCGGUGUCCCGUUCGGGGUGUACCCCACCAUGCACCUUGCUUACCGGGAUAGGCUCCAGCUCCCCCCGCAACCCGACAGAGGCCGCUCGAAAAAUGGAUGGAUGGAUUUUACAGUAAAAAGGAAAUGUGCUGAGGUGAUCGUCAAAGUUAAGAUUUUUCUCAACAUUGUCUGCAUGGCAAUAAAACAGUGCUUUAACUUGGAAAUGUGCAAACUCGUAGAUUUCUAGACUUCCGGAAAUUUGAACGGGGUUUUUAAAAUCUGAAAAAAAAUAAAUGACAUGAGCUACACCCCAUGGGUGCCUGACUUACAUGGAAAGGGGGGUGGAGGUCAAAGGUAAUGAAAAUGUACUGGCCAUAGAAUAGUAUUUUCUUUCUCCUAACUUCUAGGGAAAAUUGACUUUUAUUUUUUAAAAUAUUUUCAUGGCACAGUAGUGCAGUAG